AUGACUAAUUUCAAUUUGCAGUUUACUUUGCAAUUGGGCACAGCAAGUUUGGGCAGAUUUUAUCGGUUUGUUCAAACUUUUUUUUUUCAAUUUCAGGUCAACAAGCAGAUUGAAGAGCAGUUACAGAAGGACAAGCAGUUGCUUCGGGCAACUCAUCGGUUGUUGUUGCUUGGAGCUGGUGAGUCUGGUAAGAGUACUAUCGUGAAGCAAAUGAGGAUUUUGCACAUCAAUGGCUUCAAUGAGAAAGAAAAGAAAGACAAAGUCAGCGAUAUUCGCAGGAAUGUGCGGGACUCCAUUGUGGUCAUAUUGAAAGCAAUGUCCGAAAUUGAUCCACCUGUGCAACUGGAUGAUCCUUCAAAAAAUCCGAGCAGAGAUUAUUUGUUGUCAUUGACUGCUGCUGAUCCUGAAUUUGAUUAUCCUCAGGUAUUCUAUGAUCACGUUGUAAAGUGCUGGACUGAUCGAGGAGUGCAGGCCUGCUUUGAAAGAAGUAAUGAAUAUCAACUUAUCGAUUGUGCUAAAUAUUUUCUCGAUAAAGUCACCGAUAUUCGGCAAAAUGAUUAUAAUCCUUCAGAGCAGGAUAUUUUGCGCUGCCGUGUGAUGACAACAGGGAUUUUUGAAACCAAGUUCGAAGUAGACAAAGUGCGAUUUCACAUGUUUGAUGUUGGUGGUCAACGAGAUGAGCGUCGAAAAUGGAUUCAGUGCUUCAAUGACGUGACAGCCAUCAUAUUCGUGUGUGCCAGCUCAUCCUAUAACCUCGUAUUAUGGGAAGAUGAGACUCAAAAUCGUCUUAGAGAAUCUUUAUCGUUAUUUAAAAAUAUUUGGAAUAAUCGGUGGUUAAAAACUAUUUCUGUCAUUUUGUUCUUAAAUAAGCAGGAUUUACUGACGGAAAAAAUUAAAUCCAGGCGGCAUUUAUUAGAGAGUUAUUUCCCUGAAUUUGCUAGUUACCAAUUACCUGCUGAUGCCGCUUACGACGCAUCUGAUGAUAUUGAAGUUGUUAGGGCAAAAUACUACAUCAGAGGAGAAUUUUUGCGAAUCUCAACCGCAGCUGGUGAUGGGCGGCAUCACUGUUAUCCACAUUUCACAUGCGCAGUGGACACAGAAAACAUUCGACGUGUAUUCAAUGAUUGUAGGGAUAUUAUUCAGCGUAUACAUCUGCGUCAAUAUGAACUGUUGUAG